UGGAGAACGUCUCCAAUAUGGUACAUUCAUUGCAAGCAUUUUAGCCAGCUAGCAACAUGUUCUAAAUCUACUACGACAUUUCCUAAACACUGACGCCAGUGACCCCACCCCCUGUAAUCGCUGAUGGUAAAGAUAUCGCGGGAUUUGUGUGUUACGGUCGAAGAUGGUUUAGAAUACUGGUUUGAAACCCAUGUUGUAUGGUCUUUUCAACGUUAUCACAUAAAAUGUAACAAUUAAAUCAAUUAUUUUGUUAGUUAGCAAGCAGAUUGUAAUAACAGCGUAAAGACAACAAGCAGCACGAACACAGUCCCGCUUGUUUUGAACCACUUCUCUGACCGAACAUUUCCCGCCAACUUGCGAUGACGUAUGGAAAUGAUUACAAGGAAGUUUUCUCAUGUUGCUGAGCACAGAGCAAGUUGGCGGCUGAUGGAUACAUUUGUGAGUCAAACCAGGAAGCGCUAUAUUGAUGGGACAACAGAUGAACAGAGAGAACCUGUGUUGAAAAAAUGUAAAGAGGAAGAAUGCAAUCAGGGGAUUGUAAAGGAGGAUGUGAAGGAGGAUGCCUAUUUGACUGAGUUCUCUCAGUCUUGGCAGAAGAUUGAAGCAGAGGGACUGGACUGUGACUAUGCUCUACUCUUUCCUAAAGAGGAAGCAGACUGCCUCUACACACAGCUGGAGGAGGAGGUAGUCUACCUCACAGGAGAUAAAACAAAGAUUCAGGUGUUUGGGAAGGUUUACAAUGUCCCCAGAAAGCAGGCGUCUUGUGGGGACGCAGGACUAACCUACACCUAUUCUGGAGUGAGUCUUCAGGCUAGCCCAUGGACUCCAACCUUGGAGUACAUUCGUGAUGCUGUUACAAAGGCAACAGGGCAAACCUUCAACUUCGUCCUGAUUAACAGGUACAAAGAUGGACAUGAUCACAUGGGUGAGCACCGUGAUGAUGAGCGGGAACUGGACCCCCUCUGUCCCAUCGCCUCCGUAUCCCUGGGGGCGGUCCGGGACUUUGUUUUCAGACACCGGGAGUCACGGGGAAAACAGCGCCGACGGCAGAUCAACCCGGUGAAGCUUGAACUGGCCCACGGAAGCCUGCUCCUCAUGAACUCUCCCACAAACACCCACUGGUACCACAGCCUGCCAGCCCGCAAGAGGGUCCUCACACCCCGCAUCAACCUUACCUUCAGACGCAUCCUCCAAGACGGCAAGAAAUGAGGGUCAGACAUGUUCCGUUGGGAGUCUCACUUCAUUGUGGCUGACGUCAGGGGACGUACUGUCCCCACUGCAAUAUUGAUUCAACUAGUUUCUGAAUUUGUUCAUGGUCCAAUUCAUAAAAAUCAGUCAUGGUAACUCUUUACUUAUAGAUUUUUUAUUUUCAUAAUUUUAUCUUUGAAAAAUAUCAACUUCUUGACAGAUCUCACACACACAAAUCUUCAAAAUAUACAUUAGUGCAAAUUGAUCAGAAAAUGGGUUAGAGGGUUAUUUAGAGGUUGCAUCCUAAUUCAAUACUUGGAGGAGAGUGAGUAAAUGGCAGUAUUUAUAACUGGUAUGCUUGUUGAGCAAUACACACAGAUUGUGUAGUUGUACACACUGCCACCACAACUUUAAACACUUUGGCAAAUCAGACAAUAUUUGGGGUAAAUUUGUUACAUUGCUAUCAAUUCCAAUUCCGCUGCUCUAUAAAAGAGUUGUAAAACUAUCAUGUUGCUUCAAUAUCAUUUAGGAACAAAAAUAGCAAUAUACACAUUAGCUUGAUACAAUGAGAUCUUGUGCAACAACUGCUGAAAUUAUUCUACAUGAAAGUAAAUGGUCUGCAGGCAUGUGGAGCUAGACUACAAUCCAAACCACCUGCACGUUAUUACAGUAUUCUGAAUUUGUUACACACAUAGAAAAAUGUAAUAUACAGCAGCUUAUAUACAAUGUCAAUUGAAACAUUGCAUUAUUUUAAUUAAACCUACAUUACGAUAUAUUGAGUGAUUAUUUCCAGACAAAUGGAAGACAGUGAUUACAUAUCAAGUACCUCCACAUUUCCUAAUCUAGUAACACCCAUUUUAGCCUAAAACAUCUUGGUUGAAGUAACGCAAAUCUUUUGAAACGACUACCAGUAUUCUGAGA